AUGAAUGAAGACGGCGAGAAUAAUCAUGAUCAUUUGUGUGAUGAUAUCUGGUCAUACCUAGACUGGAAUGACCAUCAAGUUGAGAGUGGAGAGACCGAGGGUAACAAGUUGCUAGAUCCAACUGGGUCUGAUACUUGCGAGCCAUUUACGGUUAUUAAUGAGGUGGUUGAAGUGAGUGUUAAUGUUGCCAAAAAGAGAAGUUCAGCCAACCGGAAAAAAAAUGGUAAGGAAAUUGCUGAACCAAAUUCUGGUGUUUAUGGAGCCGAAGUUAGAAAAACAUCAAAACAUGAGGUACGCAAAUGGACAGAGAGAGAAAGGAGAAAGAAGAUGCGAACCCAGUUCGAGAAUCUUCAUGCUUUGGUUCCCAACCUCCCUGCUAAGGCUGAUAUGUCUAAAAUAGUUUAUGAAGCUGUGAACCGUAUACGAAAGCUGAAGAAUACUUUUAAAAAACUUGAAAGUCAAAAGCUAAAAAGUCUAGAAGAAUAUAACAUAAGGUUGACGGGUUCACAAAAAGUUGAUAAUAGCUGGGAGAAGUAUGUGGGUGAUCAAGGAUCAACCUGCAAUUCUAUAGCUAUUAUACCGACUAAUCAUGGUGCUAGUCCCCUUAUUCCAACAAGUUUUAUGACAUGGAGUUCACCAAAUGUGAUACUAAAUGUAUCUGGUGAAGAUGCACAUAUUAGUGUGUGUUGUCCUAAGAAGCCAAGGCUAUUUACCACCAUUUGUUAUGUUUUGGAGAAACAUAAGAUUGACAUUGUGUCUUCUCAAAUUUCAUCUGAUCAAUUCAGAAGCAUGUUCAUGAUACAAGCUCACGCUAAAGAUGGAAGUGGGGUUGCUCAAUUCUCUGAAGCAUUCACCGUGGAAGACAUGUACAAGCAAGCUGCAAAUGAGAUAAUGUUGAUGACAACCCCCAAAUGA